AUGAAGCCGUCGACCGUUGCAAUUGAUAUCGUGAAGACACCGAAAUUGGUCAAAUUUACUGCCUUUGCCCUCCUUUCCAUCUCCGUCGUCGUUCUCGUUAAUCACUUCUCCUCUUCCUUUUUUUACCCGUCUCUUCGCAUUCCCCUCAUUUCCAACGCCACCGCCUCCGACGAUGUCAUCAUAUCCCCCUCCUCCGACGCGGUGGCGGCGGCUCCCCCGCCGAUGCCGCACCUGAAGCACUCGCCUCCGCCGCUUCCGCCGACGGUGGAGCGGACGGGAAUCAUCGACGACAGCGGAGCGAUGUCGGACACGUUCGAGGUUGGAGGGUUCGACCCAGAUUCCGUCGACGAGCUUAGAUCGGCCACCGACGAUUCAGGGAAAGGGGAAGCUGCGGAAGAUGAUUCGAGGGUCGAGGUUAGGAUUGAGAAGUUUAAACUGUGCGAUAAGGGGAAGACAGAUUACAUACCCUGUCUGGAUAACGAGGAAGAGAUUAAGAAGUUGAAUGGAAGCGACAGAGGAGAGAAGUAUGAGAGGCAUUGUCGGAAGCAGAGUCUGGAUUGCUUGAUUCCGCCGCCUGAUGGCUACAAGAAGCCGAUUCCAUGGCCGCAGAGCCGAGACAAGAUAUGGUUCAAUAACGUGCCUCACACUCGGCUAGUCGAGGAUAAAGGAGGGCAGAACUGGAUAAGAAGAGAGAAGGAUAAGUUUGUGUUUCCAGGAGGUGGAACUCAGUUCAUCCAUGGAGCUGAUCACUAUUUAGACCAGAUCUCACAGAUGGUCCCUGGCAUUGCAUUUGGACAACGCACUCGCCUUGCCCUGGACAUUGGCUGUGGAGUAGCGAGCUUUGGCGCCUUCUUGAUGCAACGUAAUGUGACAACCUUAUCCAUAGCACCAAAGGACAUCCACGAGAAUCAGAUCCAGUUUGCAUUGGAGCGUGGUGUUCCUGCCAUGGUGGCGGUAUUCGCCACACGUAGAUUAUUGUAUCCUAGCCAGGCAUUUGAGAUGAUUCAUUGUUCAAGAUGCAGAAUUAAUUGGACCCGCGAUGAUGGAAUACUGCUGCUUGAAGCAAAUCGAAUGCUCAGAGCUGGAGGAUACUUUGUUUGGGCUGCACAACCCGUUUACAAACACGAAGAGAACUUACAAGAACAGUGGAAAGAAAUGGUAGAUCUCACGAGUCGAAUGUGUUGGGAGCUUGUCAAGAAAGAGGGAUAUAUUGCUGUGUGGAGGAAGCCUCUAAACAAUAGCUGCUAUAUCGGUCGGGGGUCUGAAGCAAAGCCUCCACUUUGUGGUUCUAAUGAUGAUGCUGAUGAUGUUUGGUAUGUGGAUAUGAAACCAUGCAUCACCCGAUUGCCUGAUAAUGGCUAUGGCGCUAAUGUCAGUGCUUGGCCUGCACGUCUUCACGAUCCACCUGAAAGGCUACAGAGCAUCCAAAUGGAUGCGUAUAUAUCCCGAAAGGAAAUUAUGAAGGCAGAGUCGAGAUUUUGGAACGAAGUGGUGGAAAGUUAUGUGCGAGCUUUUCGCUGGAAAGAGUUCAAGCUGAGGAAUGUUCUCGACAUGAAAGCUGGGUUCGGAGGGUUUGCAGCCGCUUUACUUGACCUCGGGCUUGACUCUUGGGUUCUGAACGUUGUUCCUGUGAGCGGUUUCAACACCUUACCUGUCAUUUACGACCGUGGGCUUAUCGGGGUUAUGCACGACUGGUGCGAGCCAUUCGAUACCUAUCCUAGGACAUAUGACUUGUUGCACGCAGCAUUUCUCUUCUCGGUCGAGAAGAAGAGGUGUAACAUAACGAGCAUUAUACUCGAGAUGGAUCGGAUGCUCAGGCCCGGGGGACGGGUUUACAUAAGGGAUUCGCUCUCUCUGAUGGAUCAGCUACAGAAACUGGCAAAGGCUGUGGGCUGGACGCCGGUCAUCCACGACACUGGCGAAGGUCCACACGCAAGCGUCAGAAUUCUCAUCUGCGAAAAACGAAUGUGACGGAUGGAGCCUCUUUCGAGAAAAAACGUCGUUCGUUGCGACAUUUCGGAUAACUGAGUCGCGAAGCGGCUGACCGGAUCAGAUCAGGUCCAGGGAUGGUUUCAAGUACUGUUUGUUUUGUUGUUUGCUAGUAGUAUUUUUACAUUUGUAUUCAUAAUUUCAUAGUUUAAAGAAGUGUUUAUACACUUUAGCCCUCGAAACAGCUGUUGUGUUUUAUUAUCUGUUUGUCAUUAUCCCUUCAAGGGAAAUGCUUGUAAGGAAUGGUAAACAAUGGUCAAUCAUAUUAUGAGCGAAACGUCGUCGUUCCGCGUU